AUUACUGGAGUAGAAACCUCUAUUUCUUACCCAUCACCCCCAAGGUAUCCUUAGGUUCAUCCUGUAUUGAAAUCCCUUCUCUUAAUUUAGAAAGAUACAGAUCACCCAAAUAUAAUUACCAACCAACUUCUUGUGCAAUCAAGAAAAUCCCCUAAGCCUUUAGUUACAGGAAGCUGAGAAGUUGAGUAACUUCUACAAAAUUACUUGGAUGUGUCAUAACUUUCCCAAAAAGGCCUGUGAUUAAUUCUCUGUCUUGUCCUGGUUCUCCCAGGAUGAGAGCUGGAGGGAAGGCUGCCAACCAGAUGAGCCUUACUGGUGGAGGCAACAUCCCACUCCUGGAUGUCCUUUGCCCAGGCUUGAGACCUUCUUUCCACUGGAAAAGGAUGAGGAACACCAGAGCACCUUGCUCCCUCUGUCAGUCUGUACCUUCUACCUUACCUAAUGGCUGUAGCUAUGCAAUGAGUAAAGAAGCUCUCCCCUUUCAUUGGAAGAGCUGUGAUCCAGUUCACUAACAAGUCUGGCUAUUGCUUAGCUGCUGAAGAAGCCUGGAGGAAUUUGAGCCUUAUGCAGUGGCCUAGUUAGCCCUACACAUAAUCAAGAACUCAGGACAGGACUUUCUCAUUUUGUCAACAGUUAUGUCCAUGGGAUAAAGUAAUUCAGUGAGGUUACCCAGUCUGUGUUGAAUGAGUAGUUAGUGAUAAAAAUUCAAAAGCAGUGCCUAAGAGAGCUUUCUAAGCUUCAAGUUAGGCUAUACGUGUGAAGCUUUCUCUACCGAUGAUAUCAUAGGAAAAAUAAGCAGCAUGCGAUAGUACCAGUUCUGGUUUUACACACUUCUGCUGGUUCUAAAUCCACAGCUCUUGAAGACAGACUACUGGUUUUCACUAAAGAAGGAAAUGUCUUCCCUUUUUCUGAAGAGAAGUUGAAAAUGUAACUGAACAACAUCCUAAAAGCCUAAGAAAGGAAUGGAAAACUAUGAGCUAUGUCUGUUUCUUGCUUAGAUUUCAUAUAAAUGUGUAGUUUUUUAUUGGAUGGUAUUGAUGAUAUCCAGUAUAGACCCUCAUAGUGUCAUUAGCCGCUAAAAUUAACUGUAGGUCUACAGAUGAGAAAAGCUAUUUAAAAAAAAAAAAAAAAAAACAGUGGCAAGACACUCCUGCUACAGGAAAGCAGCCUCCCAUCUAUGUGAAAGGAAGAUGCUCUGCAGCCACCCAGCAGGAUGCACACCUUGGCAGACCCGAUUUGUGCUCUGCCCAGUGCAGCAGGGCCACAUGAGUCAUUUGGCUCCCAUUCACACCCACUAUGAAUAACAGCAGAGCUUAAAAAAAAAAAAACUACUGAUCUAUUUUGACUUUCAUUUCAGGAAAAUAUCAAAAGGUAUUUCCUAGGGAAAUAGGUGUCUUGUUCGCAGCAGUUACAAUGCCAGCUAUGUGCAGAGCAGUAAGUAUUCACUUCCAGAGUUUUAAAAAGUUAAAGCUAUCCAACUAGAAGAGCAAGCCCCAAAACUGAAAAAUGUCAACAAGGGCCUUUAGUCAAGGAGCUCUUUGUCAGGAAAAUGGCAUUUGGCUCUCUUUCAAGAAAAAAGACGGGGAUUUUCUAAGCCUCUGGCUUGUGCACCUUUGUACAGUUACGUGUGUAUACUCGGAAGGAGUGUUCCUGUUUGUCCCUUAAAUACUCUCUUAUGUGCUCACACAUGCGUACAGAUCUUUUGCUGGUGAUCUCAGACGAGCACGCAUGCGGGACAGCAGCUCUGCAGCCAGUUACUGAGCAACAAAUCCAACCUGGCCUCACAAGCAAGAAUUUAGCUGCUGUAAAAGGUGAUUCACCAGCACACUGGCUCAACCGCCUGCUCUCCCAGCCCGCCUUGCACUGCUAUUCAUGAAGAAACUUCUGGUCGUCUUGGCUGUGUGUUCAGUGGUCGGCAUUGCGACUACAGAGAGGUUGUCAUGUCUGAAACGUGCAGCAUUUUCUUCUACAAACUUUGAAAACAUCCUAACUUGGGAAACUGAAGCAGAUAUCCCUCCUGGCACUGUAUUUGAUGUCCAGUAUAAACAGUAUGGCGAGAAAGCCUGGCUUAACAAGCGGGAGUGCCAGAGCAUCACACAGCUCUUCUGCAAUCUCACUCGUGAAACAGAGAACUUCACAGAGCAUUACUACGCCAGGGUGAGGGCUACUGGCCACCGCUGCUCCUCCAACUGGGUGCGCUCAGAGAGAUUUGAGCCCAAAAAAGAAACUAUUAUUGGAGCACCAGAAGUGGAGUGUAUUCCUCAUGUACGGUCCAUAAAGUUUCUUAUACACCCCCCUUAUACGCCACUGAGAGGUGAGGAUGGCCACCAGCUAACCAUAGAGGACAUUUAUAGCAAGUUCGGUGCUGUUGAUUAUCACUUAACAAUAUUCAACCUAAGGACACGUCAAAAGUGGAUAAAGAAUGAGCAUAACAAAGAACUUGAAGUUUCCAAUCUGGACCCAGACACAGAGUAUAAUGGAACAGUGCAUCUAUAUCUCCUUGAGAGAAGCAGCAAAUCUCAAGUAUUUUGGGUUAAAACACUACCAGAUAACACAUGGCUCUUCUACUGUUUCGUGGCUCUUGGAUUCUGUGCUGGGCUGGUGUUUGCUGCUAUUGGUUACGUGAUCUAUAAGUACGUCAAACAACACAGUGCACAACCCAUGUCUUUGGACUUCAGAGGGAUCUCAUCGUUCCAGCCUCUAACUCUGACAGUGGAACAUGUUAUAAAGCCUAUAAAUUUAUCCAAACCUUCACUUCUCAUCCCCGAAGCACAGUUCCCACAGGUAGGCCAAUGUUUGGACAAAGCACUGGAGCCGCCACAACCAUUCCAUCCAUCACUGUGUACCUACCAGCAGCAAGCCAACCUAUCGGUGUUCCAGGGCGCCCAUCUGCUGUGCCCAGUGAGUGCAGCUCCUACUGGAUAUGCUCCUCAAACCUCUGAGCAAAGCACUGCCAACCUCCCCAUGACCUAUGGUGUGUGUGUUGAUCGCAUAGACCAUGGCAACAAGAAUAACUUCCGUCUGAACCAGUUGCUAAAGGAAGUUUUGUCAGAUAGCUCUGCUGGUGGGAAGCUUGUCAGUCAUACGCUGGGUGAAAGCUGCAGCCCUUGGAAUUACAAAGAGCAGCGGCCAAAUGUGGCACUGUGGGAUAGCAGUGCCAUGAGAGACUCAGCUCUUGUACAUGGGAGCCCUCAGCAAAUACAGAAACUGCUGUUGCAGACUGAUGGGGUUGAAAGCGAAGAGCAUCUGCUACAGCUGCUGCUGCCUUCAGUGGAGCAAGGAGAAUGCUACAGACAACAGACAGCAGAACUGCCACUGCUACUGUCUUCAGUGACAGUUAACACAGACUGUGUUCCAGAGGAUGAAUCUCUGUCACGGCCAUCAGCAGCCCACCUCCUCUCAGUCAGCACUGGUAACAACUUCCCUGGAGAGAACACAGAGUGGUGGGUGUCACCAGAUUCAGUGUCACAUUCUGAAAAUAAAAUGCAGUUUCAGGAAAUUUGGGAAGCAGAGAAGCUACUGGAAGCACAGGAGUUAAACUGCAUGAAACUGGACCGUGUCAUGUCCCAGGACACCAUCUCGGAGUACAGCAGUGGCAUUUCUCUCACUACACUGUUCAAAGACCUGAACUUAAAAGUACUGUGGGAUCAAGCAGAUGAAAACACAGAAUUUUAUUAAGGAGAGUUAAUGAUGUUAAAAUCCAGGUUCUGUUUGUUUGUAUGAAAUAGAAGUGUGUCCUGCAAACAGCACAUGCAAAUAAAUGUAGAUAGUCUUGUCUUGUAUGUAACACA